ACACACGCGGCUUUAGCGUCCGGGCGGAAACCCCUCAACCAGCUCGCGCUGUUUACAUUAUACUCCAGUAAACAAUUAAAACGUCAUUAAAAAUAUCUUAUGUUAGUUUAAUUCCGUAUUAAGCAAAAGUCUGUGAUACUAGCGGCAGCAUGGCUGAAGCUCAGAGUUAUGAGGAACAGUUCGCCCACCGGUUCUCGGCCCAGGACGAGGAGUUCCAGCGGUAUCUCCAGCAGCCUGCGGCUCCGCCCCCCAUAGUGGAGGCGUGGAGGGGCAGAGACGCUCGUUUCCAGGACAGCAGACAUCACCGUGGUGGUGGUGGCGGCGGCAGCUGGGGUCAGAGGUCACACGAUCGGCGGUACGGAGGUCAACAGAAUUCGUAUAACCAGAGACGACACUACGAUCGCUACUGAGUGUGUGUGUGUGUGUGUGUGUGUGUGUGUGUGAACAAGAGCUCAAGAAAGUUCAUUAAAUACAAGAUUAAACUGGAUUUUAUUUUCUCAUCA